CACAGCAAUGGGGGAGAGGGGGCGGGGCCAGAGCGCAAGGUCGCUGGCGCCUUAACUACACUUCCCAGAAGACUGUGCUACACGCUCGUCCGUGCUAGACGUCAGAGCGGCUCCGGCCCCGAUGCCCUCUGGGAAAUGCAGUCCACCCCUGCGCGGCGCAAAAGAUCCCGGGAGUUGUAGUGCCCGUCCGGUCUGCGCAGGCUCACGUCUGGCGACGGUCGCCCGAGCUCUUUUGUGGCGGCGGCCGUCUUGUGAGAGGUGGGUGAGCUCGUCCGCGCGUCCGGACGGCCGUCGGUUCGUCAGCCCGUCCGCCCCAGGCCUGUGUGCCGCCUCCGCGACUCCCAGCGCCGGGCGGCAGAGCCCAAGGCCUGGCCGGCCCGCGCGGGCCCGGACAACGUCGGUGACGGGUUGGUGGGGCAAGCGAUGGGGCGAGAGCACAGCCCGGGGCGCGGGGCGCCUGCGGAGCCCGCCUGACCCCGACCCGGGGCGCGGGCCGGCCCCGCGGGGCUGCGCGAGGGUUCUGAGCCCCGGGAGGUGGACCCACCCCGCCCCCGCCCGGGGCGGCCGCCAAAGGAGGGUGCCAUGGAGGCCCCGGAGCCCCGGGAGGCAGCUCCGUCCUCUCAGGACCCUGUUCUUCCCCUCAAAGAGAUUCCAGAAGAUAAAUUGAGUCAGGGUCUCCUGGAAGGCAGGUCCGAGGAGUUGGUGACUUUCAAGGAUGUGGCCGUGGACUUCACCCAGGAGGAGUGGGGACAGCUGGACUCCCCUCAGAGGGCCCUGUACCGGGACGUGAUGCUGGAGAACUACCAGAACCUUCUUGCCCUGGGGCCUCCCGUCUGCAAGCCAGAUGUAAUCUCUCACCUGGAACGAGGCGAGGAGCCAUGGUGGGCGCCUAGAGCUGUCCCUGGAGGGGCUGGUCCAGAACCAGAAUGGGAGCCGGGGCCUGAGGUGGAGGAGCCAUGGUCUCAGCAGCUGUGCGUUUACAAAGAAGAACCGUCAUGGGAGCUGAUCGCAGGUGGGCUGGCAAGGUCCGGUCUCCACAGCCCCGGUCCUGGUGACAGGGGCGCCCAGGGGGCCCUGGCGACUGCUCUGUCACAAUGUGAGGCCGCCAGCACCAGGGACGGUCCCACAGAGGAGCACCGAUGGGGCCAUGUGGUGUCUGAGGAGGCUCUUGGCCGGAGGUGUGCCCUCCUGGCCCAGCCCAGCCUUCCCGCAGAAGGAGCCUCUCCGGACGGCUGCGUGGGGAGCGUGCAGUCCAGCAGAGUCAGGCAUCGGAGCCCGGGUGCCGGGAGCGGCCCGUUCACAUGUGGCGAGUGCGGCAAGGCCUUCCAGCGAAGCGCGGCCCUGGCACUGCACCGGCGGUGGCACGCGCGAGAGAAGGCCUACAAGUGCGGUGAGUGUGGCAAGGCCUUCACCUGGAGCACCAACCUCCUGGAGCACCGGCGUGUCCACACCGGCGAGAAGCCCUUCCUCUGCGGCCAGUGCGGCAAGGCCUUCAGCUGCCACUCAUCCCUUAACGUGCACCGGCGCGUCCACACGGGCGAGCGGCCCUACAAGUGCGGCGCCUGCGACAAGGCCUUCAGCUGCAGCUCGCUGCUCGGCAUGCACCUGCGUGUCCACACCGGUGAGAGGCCCUACCGGUGCGGCGAGUGCGGCAAGGCCUUCAACCAGCGGACACACCUGACGCGGCACCGCCGGAUCCACACUGGUGAGAAGCCCUACCGGUGCGGCGCGUGCGGCCGGGCCUUCGCCUGCCACUCGUCCCUGACGGUGCACGAGAAGCUCCACAGCGGGGACAAGCCCUUCCAGUGCAGCGACUGCCAGAAGGCCUUCAGCAGCCGCUCCCGCCUGACGCUGCACCAGCGUGCCCACACGGGCGAGAAGCCCUUCAAGUGCAGCCAGUGCGGCAAAGCCUUCAGCUGCCACUCCUACCUGGUGGUGCACCAGCGCGUCCACAGUGGUGAGAAGCCCUUCCGCUGCAACGAGUGCGGCAAGGCCUUCAGCUCCCACUCCUACCUGAUUGUGCAUCAGCGCGUCCACACCGGCGAGAAGCCCUUCGACUGCAGCCGCUGCUGGAAGGCCUUCAGCUGCCACUCGUCGCUCAUCGUGCACCAGCGCGUCCACACCGGGGAGAAACCCUAUAAGUGCGGCCAGUGUGGCCGGGCCUUCAGCCAGAAUCACUGUCUCAUUAAACAUCAAAAGACCCACUCCGCGGAGAAGCCCUUUAAGUGUCAUGAGUGCGGCGAGGUGUUCGGCUGGAGCGGCCCCCUGGCAGAGCACCGCAGGCUGCACAGCAGGGAGAAGCCCUUUGCCGUCCAGUUCGACAAGCGCUUGCUGAGCACUUACUGCAUGCCUGGCAGCCUACUGGGUACAGGGGGCUCCGGCGGGAGCAGCGUGGGCCCUGUUGAUGCCCUAGGCGUGGCUGAGCUCCUGGGCGUGGUCCCACUUGGCCGGAAGGAGUUCCCCGUGGGCAGCAACCCCAGAAAUUAACUCAUGUGUGCGAGAGACACCCACCUGCCCACCCGGAAACACCCCUUAAGGCUGUCACCUCCUGGGAAGGGAUCCACCGUAGGAGAGGAGAAUUGAGCACGUUUGAGGAUGUACUGUCUUCCUGGUUUUUUUUUUUCCGGUCUUUUCUUUGAUGGGUUUGGAAGUCACUGAGGGGGGACAGAUCUUCCCUGCAUAUGAAAAGGAGGUAUGUCAGUCAUGUGUCCUUGGACAGCCUCUUGGUGUGAUUUCGAUCUGGAAUUUCCUUUGUAAACUCUUACGUUUAGAAUGAUAAUUAAAAAAAAAACUGAAUUUUGAACAGUAUUACUUCUAAGUGAACGUUAUAUUCCAGGAGAGGAGAAUAAGCUCAGGUGGUAGGCAUUUGGGAAAAAGCAAAUUUCCUGGACUCGCUUCACUCACAUAGCUCUGCUGCAGAGUCAUGUUGUUAGUCAUGCUGUUAGCGCAGCUGUCUUGGAACCUGGCCCAGCAUCCACAUAGCCGGGUCCUAACAUGCCAGCCUCAUGCCUGGCCACCUCGUCCAUGCUGGAAGCUGGAAGGACACAGGGGUGUGCCUCCAGGGUGCAGUGUUGGCACACAGGUGUCUGGAAGCACACCUCCACCCCGGCUGGCAAGGCCACCUGCAGGGCCGCUCAGGUACCACGUAGCUCAGCCCUGUGAGAGGAGCUGGGCCUCGUGCUCCCCGGAGAAGGAAAAAGACGGUGUUCAUCUGGGACUCAUGUCAUUUCUGCUCAGUUCUAAGCAGAUAUAAGCUGCCUUCUCAGUGAUGAUACUUCACAUUUGUAUAAAGUGCUAGAGUUUAUGAAAUGCUUUUUAGUAUACUUUUUAAACUAUGGAGGCAAAAUAACCACUUUACAGAAAAUACAGAAUUAAGGGGAAAAUACCCAUAAUUCUUAAUAAAAUUGCAUUUCGCACUUUGGUACGUUACCUUCUGCUUUUUGAUAUUGCAUUUUUACAUUAAACACGGUGUAUACAGUCAACAUUCUAAUCUUUUUCCCCUGCUUACCUGCAUAGCAGGACUUCUUUUUCCCGCAGAGCCUCACUGUCUUUGGAGCUGUCCUUCUGGAUGGGGGCAUGAUGUUCUAUUAGCUGUUUUUUUGUUGGAUGCAGAAGUUAUUUCCAAGUUUUCACUGUUACAAGUCAUUCUUCAUAUAGCAUCUUUUUGCAUUAUCCUUCUUUAGCGUUGUCUUAGAGUAGAUUUCUAGAAGUGAGAGUUUUGAGAUAAAGGAAAUGAACAGCCUAAGGCAUCGUUUUAGUAUAUUUUUGGUUGUGUGAUAACAAAAGUAAUACCAUCUCAGUGUGAGGAGAACCGACAGUAGUUCUCAGGCGCGUCCAGGUCCCGGAGGCCGACGCUGCUCCGAGCUGGGUCCAGACGGGCUUGCUUCUGGGUGCCACGGCGAUGAUCCCAGGUGUCCGCCCCCAUCGUUCCUCCAGCGUCCUUGGGGCUGGUCUCAGGCCCUUCCUCCAUGACAAAUAGGGAAAGUUCUAUUGGACAACUGCAUUGGCAAAAGAUAGAUAAAAUCUCGGUUUGAUUCAUUUUCAUACUCAUUUUUCCUAUUUUAAAAGAAAUUCAAAUGCAAACAUCUUGGGGGACCCUGGACACCACACCUGCUGUCUGCCUGGCGGGGCUGUUAACGCCCUCAGCUGAGAGCAGCACCUUGCUCUUUGAUAACCGGUGAGGUUGAAAUGGAAUGUGUUCUUAUUGUUGGUCUUCUUGAAAACUGUUUGAAAUACCCUUUGGCCCCCUUCCAUUGAAGUCUCGAUGUUCUUUUAUUUACAUAUAAACUUUGUUUUCUGAUCAUACACGUAAUACAUGUAUAUUGAAGAAAUUUGGGGGAAAAAUCAAUUUUAUAAGAAUUAAAAUGACCCUUAGAAUCAGUUCACAGGUCAUGACCUGGAGAUGGAUUUCUUUCUGUUUUUUUCCUCUGCGUGUAUACACGUCUUUUUUUUUUUUUACAAAAAAAGUGUAAAGGGCUGUAUUAUAGGCAAAAUUAUUUAAGUCAAUAAAUAAAUUUUUAAGGAAUUGUA